UGCUUGUCCUUUUCGACUCGUAUUGAAGGCGCACUAGAUCUUCAGACAUAUGUCUGCUACAGUUUCUGAAUUUGUUGAUGACUCUAAAAGUUUCUACACACCAACAGAGGUGUACAGAGGGACGCUGAAUUUUGCAGAGAUCAGAUCAGAUUCAGAGUCUGCGAGGCCGACGCCAUUUAUAAUAUGCACUCGAGACACAAAUGAGGAAAUCACCGCGGAUCACUUUAGGCUGAGGCUAGUGGGAGAUGAUGGGCGACAUUGCUACUCUGCAACAGUUACCUCAGACGAAUCAACUGAGAGCAACCAGUCUGCUCUCUCCUUAAGGCGAUCAAAAACAAAGAUUAAUGAUCUCGAAUGGCGCCAAUUAAUUCUGUUUCUAUUUACGCGUCAAAAUCACUUCGAGGAUGAUCAAAUGGCAGACAGUUAUCGAUACCCCAAGGUGUAUUUCAAUGCCUCGAGACAUAAAGAGGAUGGUGAAGAUUACUACAAAAUUUCCAUUGUGCAUCAACUUGAUGGCUUUACGACAGUUUUGGGUCGACUCGUGAUGUUUCGGGAUGACAAGAAAGAAGAGCUGGUUGACAUGAAUCGACUUUGUGCCCAAUCAAUCAGAGACAAUCACAAGCAAGAUUUUCUGCUCGUCAAAGCCGGUACCGAUCUCGAGCAGGCAAAGAAGAUGAUUACCGAACUUAAAGCUCAGUUAUCUGAAUUUAUCGAGAAAAAGAAGGAAAGCGAAGAUCUCCUGCUGGCAAAAUUCAAGAUUCUAUUGAACGAAAAGAAAAGAAGGAUAGCUGAGCUUGCGGCCGAGCCUGAACUGGACCAAAUGUGGGAGACUAUGGCCAGUAAUCAGUCAGAGCCUGCAACGCCAGAGCCUGAAAGGCCGCGAAAGCGCACGAGGAAAACUAGAGGUGCAGCUGGAGCAGAGGAAGUGCGAGAGCCGAGCAGGAAAACAAGAGGUGGUACGCGAAGGAAGACUAGGAAACGAGUCCAGUCCGAAUCAGGCUCUGAGGAAGAACCUGAACAGAUAGUUACUAGGUCAAGUAAGCGAAUCGCGACGCUCUUUGACCGAAAGAGUCCGGACAGUGAGACCACGCCGAGGGCGUCACAGCGUCAUCGGGAUGUAGAGUCAUCGCCACCAUUGACACCUUCUGAGAAGGCAAAGGACGCAAGAGGUGGUUCUGCAGCUGACAACGGUGAUACAGCAAGCUGGUCUGAAUCCGAUUUGGUGACUGACAAGGAUAGCGAGUGAGAAUGUAAGAUAUAGCAACCACGUAAUUGUUUGUAAAUAAACAUAGGUCUGUGCAUGUCAUUCAUUGUCUUAGAUGA